AUGGAGAAACAGAACCUCACAGUUGUGAAUGAUUUCAUCCUGAUAGGAUUCACUAAUCACCCUGACCUGAAGGGCCCAUUAUUUGUACUGUUCCUCAUCAUCUAUCUGAUCUCAUUUAUGGGAAAUAUGGGCAUGAUUAUACUCACAAUAGUGGAUUCGCGGCUGCAAACACCCAUGUACUUCUUUCUCAAACACUUGGCUGUUACUGAUCUUGGUUAUUCUACAGCUGUCGGACCUAAAAUGUUAGAAAAUUUUGUCGUGAAUCAAAAUACAAUAUCCUAUUAUCUGUGUGCUACACAGCUAGCUUGCUUUCUUCUGUUUGUUACUUGUGAACUUUUCAUUCUGUCUGCCAUGUCCUAUGACCGCUAUGUGGCCAUCUGUAACCCACUGCUCUAUACUGCCAUUAUGUCACAGAAGAAGUGUUGGCUACUAGUGGUUAUUGCAUAUCUGUAUGGUUUGUUUCUGUCUCUCACAAUUACUUUAAAGAUGUUCAGGCUGUCAUUCUGCAGCUACAACGUAAUCAAUCAUUUUUUCUGUGACUGCAUCCCGUUGAUACCUUUGAUUUGUUCCAACACUCAUGAACUUCAGUUGACAAUUUUAACAUUUGCCAUUUUUGAUCUAAUUUCUUCUCUUCUGGUUGUUCUUGUGUCUUACCUCCUCAUCCUCAUAGCCAUUCUGAGGAUGAACUCUACUGAGGGCAGGCGUAAGGCUUUUGCAACUUGUGGAUCACACCUGACUGUGGUCAUUGUCUUCUACGGGACUUUGAUAUCUAUGUAUUUACAGCCUAAUUAUAGUCACUCUUUUGAUACUGACAAGCUGGCAUCCAUCUUUUAUACCAUGGUUAUCCCCAUGUUGAAUCCCUUGGUCUACAGCUUGAGGAACAAGGAUGUGAAAGAUGCUAGGCAGAGGAUAUGGAAGAAGAUGUGCAAGAUUUGA